CUGGUUGCCGACAACGCCCGAGUUGCUAUCCUGGAACUGGGUUGAAUGCUCUGCUGGGCUAAAUUGUAUCAUCUCUUUCUUUUGGACUAUCGUUGUGCCAGUGCCAGUGCGUUAAGAUGGCUGCUGCUGAGAAAGACUCGGAGAAAGGGCAGGGCAGCUCAUCUACAGCGCUGGAGGUGGCAGAUUCUGACGCCGGCUUCCUCUCUCGAAAUGCAACUGAAGACGAGAUUCGAAGUUUGCCCAAAGUGGUUGACAAAAUACCGCUUGCAGCGUGGGCUGCAGCGAUGGUUGGGUCAGCCGAGAGAUUCAGCUACUAUUCCAUCAUCUCGAUAUGGCAAAACUACAUGCAGCAUGAAAGAGGCUUUGGAGCCGUGCCUGGAGCACUUGGUCUGGGACAGUCCACAGCCACGUCAAUAUCCAAUGCCUUCUUCGUCUUUAUGUUUCUGACACCGAUGCUGUUUGGCGUGGUUUCAGACAUGUGGCUAGGUCGUUUCAGGACGCUGCUGCUUGGAUUCUGCUUGUUGAUAUGUGGGUCUUGCAUCAUGUUUGCAACUUCACUGCCAGUUGCCUUGGACAACGGGGCGGGCAUCCCAGGACUGGCUCUCUCCAUGGUCUUUAUCGGACUGGGAGUAGGGGCCGUCAAGUCGACGAUAUCGCCCUUCAUCGGUGACCAGUACGCACAGAAAAAGCCGCGGGUCGUUCGCCAGAAGAAUGGCAAGCUUGCCGUAGUGAAUGGUUCGCGGACCAUUCAAUUUCUGUUCAAUGCCUUCUACUGGCUCACCAACAUUGCUUCAUUAUCAUCAAUCCCGGCAACCUUUCUUGAGCGUGAGUUCGACUUUUGGGCCGCUUAUCUUAUGGCGGUUGUCUCGUUGGUCCUCUCGUUGGCCGCGCUUGUCAUGAUGAAGUCUAAGUUUGUCAGAAUUGUUCCACAACAAAACAACCUCCCCAGGACCCUCAGCGUCUUGACCAUCGCUGCCCGAAACGGCUUCAGGCUCGACCACGCCAAACCCUCGUACCAACUUACGACACACAACCGCCCUGUCCCCUGGGACGAUACCUUUGUCGACGAGCUCAAACGCGGCCUCAUAGCAUGCCGCGUGAUUUUCUCCUUCGCCUUCUUCUACCUCUCCAUCACCCAAAUGUACAACAACCUCAUCUCCCAGGCGUCCCAAAUGAACCUGCACGGCGUGCCCAACGACAUGAUCCAGGCCAUGGCCGGCGUGGCCUGCGUCGUCUUCGGUCCCGUCGUCCAGGCGCUGUACAACUUCCUGGCGAAACACCGCAUCGCCUUCGGCCCCAUCGCACGCAUCUCGGCGGCCUUCGUCAUCUGCGGCGGCGGUAUGGCGUACGCCGCCGGCCUGCAGAGGCUCAUCUACUCGACGGGGCCGUGCUACGACAGGCCGCUGACGUGUGAUGGCAAUGGUGCCAAGAUCCCAAACGAUGUCAACGUGUGGCUGCAGCUGCCCGUGUACGUGGCGUUGGCCAUGGCCGAGAUUUUUGGACUGGUGACGGCGAGCGAGUACUCGUACGAGAAGGCGCCGCACGGGAUGCGUUCUGUGGUGCAGGCCAUGGUGCAGCUCAGCGCGUGCCUGGGCGCGCUGAUGGGCAUGGCCAUCAGUCCUGCGGCGAGGGAUCCGUUUCUCGUGGCCGUCUAUGGUGCCCUGGCGGGGGUGAUGGGGCUUUGUGCGGUGCUGUUCUGGGCCGUGUUUAGGAGGUAUGAUCGGAUCGAUGAUCAGUUAAGUCGGCCGGUGGUUGGUGGGGAGGACGCGGAGGAGAGGUCAUCAUGAGGGAGGCCGGGAGUGCCAAUUGGAUGGAUGACUUUGGCAAAUGGCUGUCCAGGUUGAAAUCUGAACCUGGAGAAAGUAGUGGUUCAGGAAACGGAAAAGCCAUGAGGAUUAGGUAUCCUGAGAAUAUCUGAUUGCGGAAAGCAGUACAUUUUGUGGUACGGGGUGCUGAGAUGGUUCUGGUGAAGAUGAGGAUCAAUGAUCCAGCAACGGCUCAACUGCACUUGAAAAUAAGGUAUUCCGCUGCAAGUCCACGCAGGACAAUUCUCUGCGUAAUGGCACUUUGCAGUCAAAGGCACCUACUUCAGAUAUCACGCAAUGAUCAAGGAAUCAUGUGGUGGAACAGGCAAGUGGCG